GUAUCUCUGGUGGGCUUCGGUGGUAGCGGCAUGCUAUAUCUUCUUGGCGUCCAGGUCGAUAGCAUGCUGCGAUCUGUUGGACGAAGGCUAUCACGGCACUACCUCUUGAGACAGCCUACAUGUCCUUCAAUCUUUAGAUGUGCGGUUCGGUCCGCAUCUUGGCGGAAAAAUGUUCCGCCGGGAGUGGAGCUUGCAAAAUCAAUCUUGGAGAACUCGCCAGAUUUGCUGAGAUUCUUUCGAUGACAAGAAGAAGGAAAAGGAACUAGUCGCAGGCAUCUAUGAAGCGUUGAGUUUGCAGCAACCACAGGAGCUGAAGGCACAGUACGACGAACGUGAGUCCUUCUUCGAUCAUGUUGCGAGCCUUGUCGUGGAGGAGACACGUCAUGCCAUCGUUGCAGCAAUGGUGGAAACGCUUUCCGGCAAGGACCCACAAAAGACCAAACGAAGGAAGCAGACGACUGGCGUUUCGAUUAGGGUGAACAGCAUGGAUGAUGAAUUUGCUGAAAUUUGGACUUACGAUCCUCUACCCAACAACAAGAGGAACAGCCUACGUUCUGGAACAGUAGUCGCUAUGGUUCCAAGCAAGCGUUCCGAUGAUCCCACGGUCCGCUUGGGAGUUCUUCAGUUUGGCUCGAGGGGUUCCCAGGUUUUGCCUGAUUCUAUGCAAGACGAUGCAGACCCAAAGAAAAUCACACGGGACACGGGCGAUGGCGCAAACCAAAACCAGAUCAGACGGGGUGACAGGAUGACAUGCUUUCUCUAUGGUGCUUGCAACGAUGGCGAUGAUCUUGAAAUGCAACCUCUUGUAUCCAUUCUAAACUAUCAGCGUCAGUUCACUGCCUGUCGCCAGGGGGGAGACAGUUCUGACUUUGACGGAGCCUUAUUCGGGCGGUUCAACCACGAGACGGAAUGCAGUCCGCCUUCUGAAGACUUGAACGACACUGCCAUCGUUGUGCCUUCGUUAAAUCAAUCUCAGCAGCUUGCUGCUGAUGACUUCAUCUUCGCUCGCGACAAGAGAAUCAUGAUUGCUCAAGGCCCUCCUGGAACGGGAAAAACAACAAUGCUGGUGGCCACUAUCUGCCGAUACAUAAUGCACUCCAAACAGUCCCUCUCAAAACGGAAGUUACUUGUCUGUGGACCAACGAACAAAUCUGUUACCGUGUUGGCACGGAAGGUGUUGAAAUGUAUUCAACGUGACGAAACAAUCCACGCAGCUCUGAUUGGCGACAAGGAAGAGCUCCUGCAGGACGAUCGGGAGGGGCUGGAGGAUAUUUUUGUGUAUUCAUACAUGGACAAACGCAAGAAACGAUGGAAGAGAAUUUCCAAUGCAUUUGUUGGAACAAACGACUUCAGCAAAUUUGAGCGGGACAGUGAGAACAUGCUUCGAAGGUUGAGGCGGCAGAUUCCCAACGUAUCACUUUCAAGACUUGAAAUGGCUCUUAGUGAUGUAGGCGACACAUUCGAGAAUUGCAUGGCUGAGGAGGACACGGAUUUGAGAGAACAGUCAUUGCGUUUUGUGGGAGACUCCCUACUAAGGGUCACCAGAAGUCUUCAAGCAAUUGACGAGCAGGAAGUUCACCUUGGCCUGCUGAACAGCGCCGAUGUGAUCUUCUGCACUUUGUCUACAUGCGGAUCUAAGCCAAUGCGACGGAUGAACCGUGCCUCUGAUCUCAUCAUUGAUGAAGCAAGCGCUGCGACCGAGGCAGAGGUGCUGAUCCCCCUUCACACGAAACCCGACAAGCUGUUCCUAGUAGGGGACCCAAAACAAUUACCGGCCACAGUAUUAUCGCCCCUUGCUCAGAAGUGUGGCUUGGCACGGUCUCUCCAAGAGCGGUUGAUGUUCAAAAACAAAAUGAAGUAUACACUGCUGGAUGUGCAGUACAGGAUGAGGCCCGAGAUAAGCAAGUUUCCGGUUUGCCAGUUCUACGAGGCCAAGGUUCGGGAUGGAUCAAAUGUCGUUGCGGAGACCUAUGCAUCCGACAUUGUGGCUUUCGACGGUGACCCCUUGACAUGGGUGCAGCUGGUCGGAGAAGAAACGAAGGACGGCAACAUGUCAACACUCAAUGAAUCUGAAGCUCGCGCUGUUGUGGCGACUUUGAUCAAGCUGAAGGAGAAGAAUCAGCUGCCAAACAGCUGGUUCUCGGCGGAUCGUAUCAGAAUCAUCACCUUCUACAAGGCUCAGGCCGAGUACAUUUCCUCUCUGCUGAAGAAGUAUCAGAUUGACGUUCUGGUCUAGACAGUGGAUUCAGCUCAAGGAUGUGAAGCGGACAUUGUGAUUCUGUCAUUCGUCCGAGGCACUUCAGGUUACACCGGCUUUCUAAAGGAUGAGCGAAGAUUGAAUGUUGCGCUGACCAGAGCCAGGUUUCAACUUGUUUGCAUUGGAAACUUGGAUGCCAUCGCUGGCCUUCCGCCGAAAGGUGGGAACCUUACCUUGAUUGAAAUGGCAAAAGAUGCGCUCUUGAGAAGCAACCCUGUGCAGAUUGAUUGCGCCCUCCCACCUCCACCCAAACGAAUCAUUCGGGAUGCUGCGGCCGCUUCAAAAGGAAACAAGACGGGUAAAGGCACUAAGGCAAAGAAGCAGAAAAAGAAAAGGAAGCGGAGAAAGAAGGAAAGUCUAACAGAGCAAAAUAACUGAUUAGCCCAGAGAAGCUUAAGAUGAAUUUAUUAGCCCAUCUUCGUUGUAGUUCGUGUGGCAAUGGUCUGCGUAAGGCUUAGCUUACUUCUCACCACCAACGACUACCGGUACCCACCGGCGGUGUUCAACUUCCGGAUAUUGAGAGUAGAAAGACUCGGGGUUUUGAGUCGUUGGUCUGCUCCAAACAAACUCAAGUCUGCCGCGCGAGGGAGGGCCAACAUUCUUGAGCAUGCCCAGCGCUGUGCAUACGCCUGGAUCAAGUUGUGGAUUGCUUUGUCGGGUCUAGACCACUUGGUUCCUUGGUGCAUCGCCGCUCGGCACAAUUCACUUUGCCGUGCUUCGCUUGUACACAUCAUGGCGUCAAAGCCGCUAGCUAGACAUCGAUGGGUCUACCAGUCUUGAGCCACGUAUCAAAUUGAGAGGAAAACUUGAGUCUUGGGAUGGUCUCUUCCUUGAAUGCCUUGUACUCUUCUUCCUCUGCGCCAAGGAAGUCACAAAACUUGGCAUCGCUAGCCAUCGCGAGAAUGUGCAGCGGUGGUGCGUCGUUGUCGUCGUCCUCUUCAACUGGAAAUUGGGUUUUGGACCUUUUGACCUUGAUCUUGAGAUAAAAGUGCCACCGGGGAAGCAACCGUUGAAAAAGAGAGCAUGCAAUGUAUCGAGCCCGGAUCAAAGGUGAUGGGUUCUCCUUCUUGUCCCCGUCUUCCUCUGGAUCACUAGGUUCCCAAUUCCAGUCCGAGUCUAGCUUGAUGUAACCAGUCUGAUUGUAGAAAUUCAACGUCGGUUGAAUGUUUCCUUCGAGGCUCAGAGUGAGGAUAUUGGGGUACUCGCCCAAGAGUGCUGUCAGGGACGGCUUUGUCGUGGAAGCAUCAUGGGGUGCGUCGUGAUUUGCGUUAAUACCCCACACGUUGGCCAAGAAAUCUACCUUGGGCUGGAUAUUUUCGUUCAAGCUCAAGGAGAAAAUAGUGGGAGACCGAAUGGCAAUUCGACAUGCCAAUGAAUCUUUUUGGCUUUG